AUGGGGAAGAUUUGUGACAAAGUGCAUGGUUUAAAGCCAAUUAUAAUGAUGGUGUUUAUACAAAUAGGUUAUACAGGAAUGACUUUAUUGUAUAAAUUAGCAUCAAAUGAUGGAAUGAGUUUAAGGAUUUUAAUUGCUUAUCGAUUCCUCUUUGCUUCCGCUACCGUUCUUCCUUUAGCUCUCUACUUUGAUAGGAAGAGUAGGCCAAAAAUGACAUGGAUGGUAAUGUUGCUUGCGUUUCUUUCUGCACUCUUUGGGGGUUCAAUGCCACAAAAUUUGUUUGCAGCAAGUUUAGUCCUAACUUCAGCAACUUUUGCUACAGCUACACUUAAUCUCAUACCCGGCAUUACUUUCAUUAUAGCCACAUUCUUUAGGUUGGAGAAGUUGGAUUUGAAGACAAGGGAAGGAAAAGCAAAAGUGUUGGGUACAUUAAUUGGAAUAGGUGGGGCUAUGCUUCUCACUUUUUACAAAGGCUUGGAAAUUAAAACUUGGUCAAUUAAACUUGACCUCAAAGGACACGUGGCAGCCUCUCAUCAAAUCCAAAAACCAUAUGCUCAUAUUUUGGGUCCUAUUUUGGCUAUUUGUAGUUGCUUUUCCUCAGCAGUAUCCCUCAUUUUUCAGGCCAAAAUGAGUGAGUUGUACCCUUGUCAUUUUUCUAGCACUGCCUUAAUGUCUAUUAUGGGAGCACUUCAAGCUGGAGUUUAUGCCAUUUCUACUGAAAGAGAUUGGACCCAAUGGAAAUUAGGAUGGAACCUUAGGCUGUUUGCAGUACUUUAUGCGGGGGUAGUGGCUUCUGGAUUAGCAAUCAUUUUCUUGAUGUUUUGUGUAAGAAUGAGAGGUCCAUUGUUUGUGUCCAUUUUCAGCCCUUUGAUGCUUGUAUGUGUUGCCAUUGCCGGUUCUUUAUUUCUCAAUGAGAAAUUACACUUGGGAAGGUAA